GUUCUGAUACCCGAAAGCACUUCCCGUUAUGAUUGCGCUUUUCAUAUUUGUCCAAGUACCGUUGCCCGCUCUGUCCAUGUCAAUCCAGUGUCCGGUCUAAAUAAGUGUGUGCGGUGUCGUGUUUAUAUAAGGUUUGAGGGAAGCGACAUACGGUCGUCCGCAUCGGAACAACACGCCACCAGCGUCUCCACAAGAUAAAAGGUCGAUCACAGCGUCGGACACAUCUCACCACCAUCACCAUGUCGAUUAAUCGCAGGUUGUCGUCGACCCUCGAGAUGACCUCCUCCAAGGGCCCCCCCUCCAGGAGAGGCUCAGAGCUUCGCAUGACGGACAGGCGUGGCUCUGGCUACUCGUCCGCUGGCUUCUCCUCCAGGAGGCCCUCCAUCGAUCCAUCCAGGCUAAUCCCCAUGGACAAAACUACUCACGUCGGCGGCACUGAUGACUUCAAUGUCGUCUUCAUCGGCGCUGGGAACAUUAUGUUUGGUUCGGACGAGGGCCCCUGGAACCACUCCUUCCGCUUCGAACAUAAGCUUGGCUUGCGCCUCAAAGUCGUCGCUAUCGUCGAUCCAGCUGUCGAACGCGCAAAUGCAGUCCUUAAGAAGAAACGCGACUCCUUCGUCGUUUCCGCAUAUCAGAACACUCGUGUCUUCAAGACCCUAGACGAUUUCGUCAAAAAUAUGACCCCCAAGGAGCGGCCCCGCGCCUUCGUCGUCGGCAGCCCCCCCAUGUUCCGUGGUACCCUGCAACCCGGCCGCGACGUCGAGAUACAGAUCAUGAAACAUUUCCCUGGCGUAGCCAUGUUUAUCGAGAAACCUGCCGCAACAGGUCCCAAGAGUGAGAUCGAGCAAGCAUUCAAUAUCGCUAGACGCAUCUCCGAUAGCAACUCUAUCUGUUCCGUAGGGUAUAUGCUCAGGUAUCUCAAGGCAGUUCAGAAGAUGAAACAGAUCAUCGAAGAAAACGGUCUCGUCGUAAUGGCUACAAUUGCCCGUUAUGCUGCUGCGUAUGAGGCCAUUACCAAACCUGACUGGUGGGACAAGUCGAAGAGCGCCGGUCCCAUCAUCGAACAGGGCACCCACUUCUGUGACCUUUCCCGUUACUUCGGCGGUGAAGUUGACAUCUCCAGUGUCACUGCCCACUCACUUGAAUGGGACGAAGAGGCAGGCCACCUUUCCAAGUUGCGCAUCGAUGAGAGCAAGAUCGCUCCCGAAAACAGGAUCCCUCGUGUCACCGCUGCUACUUGGAAAUAUGACUCUGGAGCGGUAGGAAGCUUGACACACGUCGCAACCCUCCAGGGUCGUAAUUACAGCUGCGAGUUGGAAGUCCAUGCCGAUGGGUACUGCCUAAAGCUUGUCAAUCCCUAUGUCCAACCCGUCCUUCACGUCCGCAAACCUGGUGAUGACUACGAGCAAACGUUCACUUUCCCUGAUGAUGACCCUUUCUUCUCCGAAAUAUCCAACUGGAUCGAUAUCAUUGAGGACAUUGAGGAGGAUCCGGAGGCCGCUCAGAUUCUGAGCACAUAUGAAGACGCUUGCAGGACUUACGAGUUUACGUGGGCUAUUCGUGAGGCUAGUGAGCGUUCACGCGCUACGACACUGGCGACUAGAAGGCCGGCCACUUCAGUAGUCGAAGAAGUGCUCGCUGAGGAGGAGAAUGAGGCUUGAUUACUCCGGAGAUGUGCCUGGUGAAGGAGAGAAACUUGCUGCUCAGUGUUACGAUACCGAUAGAGAUAUGUAGAUAUGUAGAUAGCCAUCAGAUCCCCAUGUACUUUGUAAUUAAACCCUUAGUGGUUCGCACGAAGGAAUCCCCGGAGCCAGAUCAUGGGGGACCCGCAC